ACUUACUAUUCUUAGAAAACCUUAAACAAAAUGAUGAAGAGUUGAGAGUUCAAAGAUACACUUGUCAUAUUUUCUUCGUUACGUGCCGAAAAACACUUGCAACAUUACUUGUCAUGUCACCAUCGUCACCGAUCAUCUUCCUACUAUAAAUCUCACCCAUUCCAACCCAUGAGUCCUCACCACCCACCAUCCACACAAAACAACUGCAAGAAUAUAUAUUACAAUUCACAAGAAGUAACCGAAAAUGAAGAGGUCAAUGGCUGUAGCAAUGUUGGCAAUGGUAACCAUGUCUCUAGUCAUGGUGCACCAAACUGAAGCCAUUAACUGUAACCAGCUUGCUAAUAUGCUGGCACCAUGCCUAAACUACUUGAAAAAUGGUGGUACACCAACAUCGAGUUGUUGUAAUGGAGCUAGGCAAGUUCAAGGUGCCACACGUAGCCAAGCUGAUAGGCGAGCUGCUUGUAAAUGUGCUAAGAGUGCUGCUGGGAAGUAUCAAGUCAGGGGAGAUGCGGUUUCUAGCCUUCCCGGCAAGUGUGGUAUCUCCACUACCAUUCCAAUCAACCCCAGCGUCAACUGCAACUCCAUUCCUUGAGCUGGUGUGCUGGAGAUGAAUAAUGGUGGGAGGAGUUUCGGCCAAGCGUGGUGGAUUGCCACCAAAAUAAAUAAAUAAAUGUGGUUGUUUUGUGUCUGUGUUUUUUUUAGAUAUAUACAUACAGGUUGUAUCGAGUCUGGUAAUGUAUGUACUAUGUCCAUGACGUAU